AUAAAAUAUAUGACAAAUGACAAGAGACAAAGUUAUUGCUAAGUUCGACUUGUAAUUUGAUGUAAUGUAAAUAAUAUUAAGAAGUUUAAGUAAAAAACAAGCCUAUUUCACCAAUAAAUGAUUUUAGAUACAUGUUCUAUCUUGAAGUCCUAGGCCGUUAUGAAUUACGUCACAUAUCUUCUAGAAAACGUAAAAAUAGGUUACUAUUAAUAAAACCUAAUAUAGACUGAAUUGCUUUUGUCAAUAAACUCACUUGUUUGGGACUGUCAAUAGUUGACAUGGAAUUCAAUGUGACCAGUAUAUAUCCUCAAAAUGGAACAGCCAUGACUAAUUAUUGAAAAUUUAUCAACUUAAUUAAAAUAUCACUAGAAACGAAAUGGCGGAAUCGGUUCUUACUGUAAAUAUAGUAUUGGACAGCAAACCCAUUUUAGUCCCUUUUAUAGUUAAUCAAACCAAUGCAGAAGAUGUUUGCAUUUACAUUUGUAAAUCCUUAAAUAUAGGAAAUGUGACUAGGCAUCUAUAUGGCCUUAGGAUAACUGGAAAGAAUAUUUUUUUGAUGCCAGCUGCAACGUUUAAUGAUAAAUCUACAACUUUAGAUUUUAGAAUUAGAUUUAAAGUAGCUAAUGUACUUAAACUUAGAAAGAUAGAUAUAAAUACAUAUAACUAUUAUUUCCAUCAGGCGAGGAAUGAUGUUCUAGAAAAUAAGAUACCAGAUAUUGUCUAUGAAAAAUGCAGGAGAGAAUUGGUAGGAUUGGGGAUUACAGACAUGUAUAGAGUAAUGUUAGAAAAGGAUAUUCCAAGGGAAACAGUAGAAAAUGAGUACAAAAAAUAUAUUCCAAGAGAAGUAAUAAAGCGUCAUGCAUUCUUUAUCAAAAAACCCAUUCAUGAUACUCUUGGUAAAUUGCAGAAAUCUGUACAUGAUGCUUCAUAUGUGAAAGCAGAAUAUUUAAAACAGCUAGAAAUACUAGCUCCAGAAUAUUUGUCUGAAUCAUAUAAAGCAGUAGUUGAUCAAAGCGGCUCUACAUGUAAUGUAAUUAUAAAAGUUACACCUCACCAUCCUGCAGAACCAGGUGUAAAGUAUUGUCUAGAUUCCAAAAGAGAUGAGUGGCACUUGAUUUGUACAAUUGAAGAUAUAAUCUUUGUAUCUAUUAGAGAUGAUGGUACAACUGAAAUAAGUCGUAAAAAUGGAAUACCUUUUUAUUUAAAAUUUCACUCACUUCCUGUUUUGCAUUCAUUUAUUAGUAUUUUAGAUGGAUACUACAGACUCACCUGCAAGUGGACUUUUAAUAUAUGUAAAGAUGUUUAUACACCUUCUUUACAAAAACUAUAUGCUAUGAAAUGCCAUGGUCCUGUAGGAGGAGAAUUUUCUUAUGCCAAAUUAGAAGAAAAGAGGAAUAAUAGGCUUGGAUGCUUCAUUGUAAGAGAAAGUGAAUUAAAAUAUGAUGAUUAUUACAUAGAUGUCUGUGUUAAAGAAGGAUUAAAACCAAAAACGUAUAAAUUGGAAAAGAUUACAAGUAAUGAAUUUAUUUUUGAUAAUGAUUUAAGAAAAUAUAAAAAUUUGCCUCAGCUAAUGAUGGCUUAUCAAGAUCCUAAUGGUGCCAUUUACUUACAAGAAUGCUUACCCCCAUCUGAGUAUGAUAUCUCACCAUUACUUCUUUGUCGAAGUGAAAAUUUAGUAGGAGAUUCAUUAACUGACUCUUCUGCUUUAAAUUCACUAUCCAUGCCAACAACACCCGUUUGUAUUAAUUGUAAGAAUUUACAAGUUUUCAAAGGCCAAGAAAAAGAGGGUACAAGAGGUUUAACAUUAGUUUAUCGUAGUAUGUGGAAAAUAGCCAAAGGUAAAAAAAUUGAAGUUGCUAUGAAGGUACUUAAGCAAGAAUAUAUGGAAAAGUAUCUAAAGGAAUUCUUAUCUCUUGCUGGCCAAUGGGCAUUUUUAAAUUCGACUGCAGUAGUUAGACUAUAUGGUAUUGCUUUCACUAGUAAUGUUUCUCUCGUCUUAGAAUAUUUUAGAUUGGGCCCUCUUGGAAAUUAUCUAAGAGAAAAUAAACAGCAUUUGAAACCUGUAGACUUAAUCGAGGCAGCUAGUAAUAUUGCAUCUGCUAUGUGGUAUUUAACAGAAAAUGGUAUUAUUCAUGGAAAAAUUAGAUGCCAAAAAAUAAUGGUUAGUACUCACGAGGAGAACUCUUUUACUGUAAAACUCACAGAUCCAGGAAUACACACUGAAUAUACUUCCUCAGAGGUUCAUUGGAUACCAGUGGAGUGCUACUCCAAUUUGAAUUAUGCAAAAAGAUCAAUGGAAGCUGAUGUUUGGGCUUUCGCUACAACUUUGUGGGAAAUUUUUAUGUAUGGACAAGAAAUCAAGUCAACAGACCAUAACCAAGCUAUGAGAUGGUAUGCUAGCGGUAAAAGAUUGCCACAACCAGUAAGUUGUUCCCAUGAAAUGUACAGCCUUAUGAAAGAAUGCUGGGAUAAUGAUCCCCACAAAAGAAAAAAACCACAAGCAAUUAUGAGAGACAUUAACCAAAUUUUGUAUCAACUAUAUAAUUCUAGAAAAGUUCAUUCUUAUGCAAAAGUUUUCAAAUCUAGUCUACAAAGUACUGAAGGGGCUUCAACUAAUAGUCUUUCUUCCCAUAGUACUGAGUACACUAUAGUUGCUGAUGACUUAAUUAGUGCUAGUGACGUAUGUAGUGAUGUGUCUGAUAAUUGUAGCCUCUCUGGUAGCUUAUCCAAGAUUCAAUUAAAUUGUGAUGAUUUCAAAAGUUACAGUGAUGACUCAUAUUCCUAUGACUGGUCAACUUUGUUAACUGGCAUAAAUAUCUCAACUGCAUCAACUUCUCUUGAUAGUUUAAAUUUAAUGCAAAGUGUAUUUGAAUUAGAUGGUAACUACAAUGUAGUUUUACAAGGAAGAAUUGGACAAGGGUUUUAUGGAGAAGUAUUUAAGGGAACUUUAGAAUUUGCUAAUGGUCAAAAUGGCGAACCUAGGAAAGUAGCAGUGAAGAAAUUGAAAUCAUCUGCCGUCUCUUCGUGUUUACAAGAUUUUGAAAGAGAAAUAAAUAUAAUGAAAUCAUUAAAUCAUCAAAAUAUAGUACAAAUUUUUGGAGUUUUACGAGAGCCAGAAAUUUCUCUUGUCAUGGAAUUUGUACAUCAUGGCUCACUCCAGUGUUAUUUAAAAAUUUAUAAAGAAUCUCUAUUAGAAGUUCAACUUUUGAAAUAUGCUUUGGACAUUGCCAAAGGUAUGGAAUAUCUAGGUAUAAAAAAUAUUGUUCACAGAGAUUUAGCUACCAGGAAUAUCCUUGUAGUUGAUGAAAACCAUGUUAAAAUUUCUGAUUUUGGCUUAGCACAAGUUAUGGGAAAUAAUGAUUAUUACAUCCUGAGAACCCCCAAUAGAGAAUUACCAAUCAAGUGGUAUGCUCCUGAAAGUUUACGAGAUGGAAAGUUUUCAGUACGAUCAGACGUGUGGUCAUAUGGUGUUACUCUAUGUGAGAUGUUUAACUUUGGAGAAGAGCCUAUGUUACAAAACCUAGAUGAAAAUAUUGAUGCUCCUUAUCAACAGAUUUUGCUUAUGGCAUUAGAAAACGGAUCACGUUUUCCAUGUCCUACCAAAUGUCCUUCGGUGGUUUAUAUUAGAAUAAUUCAUCCUUGUUGGAAUGCACAUCCACAUGAAAGACCAUUAUUCUCGUCAUUAAUCACAGACAUACAAGAUCUUUUGACAAAGUUUUAAUAAAGACAUACAACUGAUUAUUGUUAAAAUAUUUGUUAUAUAAUAUAAAAAACAAUUUUGUCCAUCAAUGGAAGUUUUAUAAUGGGUCAAAUUUGUAUAAUUUGAUUAAUUUUAGGUAAAUUGUAAAUUUAUGUACAUUUGUAAAUAAAAACUAUGAGAUGUAUUAUAUUUAAGUUAUUGUUUUUGGGAUUUUUUUAGUAUUUGUUUGCAUAACAGUAUUCACUUUGAUACAAUUUUUUUUGUGUCGAAUAAUUUAUCCCAUAAAUCUGCUCAAAAUUUUAGUAUAAGUAGAGUGAGUAUACAAAAGAUUCUUAUAUUCAAAUAUAAUUUCACUUUAAAUGUUAUCAAUAUUUUAAAAUACUUUAGGUAUCAUAUAUCCGAUCAUUUUUCAUAUUAAGUUGUGCUUUUUGAGAUAGCAAAGUUAUUCAUGGCUAUAUAGGGUUGAUUGUUCACUAAUACAAACAACUUUAAGUAAUGAAACUCAAAGAAUAUGAUUUCUAUCCAACAAAUAAUUUUUUAUGAUACUAAAACAAUAUUAGUUAUGCAUAUAAGGAUUAUUGUUUCAUCGAACCAUAUUGAAAUAAGAAAUACUAUCUUGGAUUUGAAUAAUUUCCUUUUAUAUAUUAAUAAAUAUGAAAAUAUCUAUUAUUUCUGGAGUUAGACUCUUUGUUCUUGUAUACAUACAAUUACCAUUUUUAGUAAUAAAAAUGUAUUAUGUAA